ACCACUUGCGGAGCGAGAAAAAAUGACCGUCUCAUUAUUCACACUCUCAUUUCUGCUUGGCUUGGUUGCAGCACAACUCCCUCCUAUCCACCACGGUUGGUACUACCCUGAUGACUACGACCACGAGGCCGUCACAAAUGACUUAAUGGACUGGCACCCUGACGAUGUGGGCAACCAGUGGGAGCUGAGUGGUCUCAAGGAGGGUGACAUUAUGGAGCUGCCAGAUGAGUACGAUGAGAACCACAGGGGGCGAAAUGUGGUCCGAUCAAACAAGAUCAACUGGCCUAACGGCGUCAUACCUUUCAUUCUCCAACCAGGAAUGAAUAAGGGCGAGAAAAGGGCCGUGCAAAAAGGCAUGGAUUGGAUCACGCAGAAUUCGUGCAUCAGGUUCCGACCCUACAGAGACGGUGAUCCGGACUACGUUCACAUCAUGUACAACCUGACCGGCUGCUGGGGUCACGUCGGGCGAUUGGGAGGAGGGCAGGUCAUCAGUUUGCAAAGACACGCGUGUUUCAUCCCGGGCACCGUUGCUCACGAACUUCUACACGCCACGGGUUUUCACCACCAGCAAAGUGCAUCGGACAGAGACGAAUAUGUGCAUAUCAAUUUCACCAAUGUUAAACCUGGUAAAGAGCACCAGUUUGUGAAAUACAGCGCUAGAGAAGUUACUGAUUUUGGAGUUGGUUACGACUAUUCAAGCCUGAUGCACUACAGCCGAACUGCAUUUUCCAAGAAUGGACAGGACACCAUCAUCCCAUACGAGCCUGGUGUUGAAAUAGGGCAGAAAAGGUUCAUCUCUAAUAAGGAUAUCGAGAAACUCAACCGGAAAUACAAAUGCAAGAAGCAAAGAAGCGCAAGGAGUCUUUAAAGCAGUGAUUGUCCAUGAAUAAAAAACCAUUGAAG